UGGCGAAGCAAUCGAGCUGACUAGGCAAAACCCGAAUUAUUUUCAACAAGGCUCGCACCAUUUCAGCCAUCGGGCAGGAUGACGAAGCAGGCGAACGUCUGAAGCAGUGCCUGAACAUCAGGCUCAAGCACGCCAAAUACCAUAUGUACACGGGUUACACCUAUCAUCGUCUUGGCAAUUUGCUGUAUACGAAAGACUCGCUGCGCGCCUCAAUUGACAAUCUCCGCGAGGCGGUCGAAAUCUUGAGGGAAGGGCAGGGGACAUCGUUAGGUGCCGCUGCAAGAUCAAAGUUUCACCUCGCGCGCACACCACAGGACUUGGGCAACUUUGAAGAAUCGAAUCAACUGUAUAAAGAGAGGGACGCAGAUUUACUUCAGUGCGGGUACGCGGUUGAGGCCAGACAGCUCCAUCCUGGUAUCUGGAGCAGUUUGUGCUAUUUUGUAAUAGGUGAACGCAUUGUUUCUUCGUAGAGAUGCUCCGUCGACUACGAAAGGUCGAACAUCGACUUCGAAAUCAACAAAGUGCCUUUGUUUGCCCGACUCCGCGUUCGUGGAGAGCUUUUGGACGGCUACUUUGUAUGGGAGGAGUUCAAUUGAGAAUUUGCCUGAGCGAGCAAACUAGGCU